GCGGGCCGCAGCCAGCGCCGCGGCAGGGGCGGCUGCGGGCAGCGCCGGGGCCGCUCCGGGCUGCGGGACCCGCCGCGGGCAGGAGGGUGUGCAGGGGCGCUCCGAGCCUCGCCCUGCUGCCAGCCUGUGAUGCGAGGCGCAGGCAUGCUCAGUAGCCGGUGCCUACCCCUCCUCUCCCGACAGCCGCGCCUGCAACAGUAGGAGCCGGCUGGCGGCGGGCGCGGAGCCGAAAGCCAUCUUUGCUGGAGAGGGAGCCAGCGCAGCCCGCCCGGCCCCGCUCGCCAUGUCUGUUCCAGUGUCUGCCCAGGGUCCUGCAGGGGCUGCAGGGGCUGCAGGGCCCCCUCCUGCCACCAACGUGUCCAGCAACAAGAGGCUGCAGCAGACACAAGCCCAGGUGGACGAGGUGGUGGACAUCAUGAGGAUGAACGUGGACAAGGUGCUGGAAAGGGACCAGAAGCUGUCGGAGCUCGACAACCGGGCAGAUGCGUUGCAAGCAGGUGCCUCACAGUUUGAGACCAGUGCAGCCAAGCUGAAGAGGAAAUACUGGUGGAAAAAUUGCAAGAUGAUGAUCAUCCUCGGUGUAGUAUGCGCAGUCAUUCUCAUUAUAAUUAUAAUUUAUUUCUCCACUUGAAAAAGCAGAGAAGGAAGACUUGGCACACCUUUGUUCAUAUCAACCGACGGUAUCAGUGUUCCUUUGUUGAACUCCGCUUUUUAAUUCCCGGCGUCUUGGGAUUUUUGCUUGUAAUAACCCAUAAGCAUUCAGUGUGGUGUAUUUUGGAAUUCUGUUGUUUCCACAAGAAACUGUACCAGCUAAAUACUGCCAAGUAGUUCCAUACACUGUCUAAUCACUGUGUCUUAAGAUGUGUGCGCACUGACCUUCAGAAACUGUAGUAUAUGGAAAGCAUCCUAAAACAUCUCAGAAUCAGAGAAUGCAGCUGUGGGGAAGCUCCUGUUUAAAGGGACACUGCCAGGUGGAUUGGACCCAAAUCUAAGGUUGCAGCAAACAUUAGGACCAAAAUUCUCAAUCUGAGCUCCUAAAGUUGGAUGGCAAAAUCCAUUGUCAGAUGUAUCCGUUACUCCCACUGAAGAGAGUGAUACCUCUAAGUAUUCAUGUAAGAUAUCAUAUUUCAGUUUAGCCAACCAAACACAGAUUUCUUUGAGGUUAGAUGCAGAAUCCAAGUCUAAAAACAUUGUCUGCAGAAAAGAAAUAAAGACCGGUUUAUCAUCUUUUAUGGAUUUAAUCUUUUUCCUCAUGGAAAACACCUCUUGGUGUUCUGAACAGCCAAGAUGGCCUCAAUAUGAAAGCCAGAAAGGAAAAAAAAACCCGUGUGACAGCCAAAAAGCAUUAGCUAGCACAGUCGGGAAAAACCAAGUGAAAUGCAGAAGUGGUGAUGCAAGCAUCACCAAUGACUCAGGUACAAAACUCAAGGCCCCAUUUGUCAGGUCUCAUGGGACAUCUCUUGGAUGCCCGUCCCCAAUAAUUAGGCCCUGACCUGAAGCCCAUGAGCAGCGUUGGUGGUGUCUGAGGCUGCCCAGCUCUGUGGAGGAAGCUGCCUCUGCAGCAGUUUGCAGAAAUGGUGCCCACUGCCAGGAUGGUUCAAAAAUCAGGAAGAAGGCAGGGGGGAACAGUGGGGAGAGGCUGAGAAAGGGAAGGGUGCCUAGCAAAGCUUUCCUGGAGAAGAGGAAGGAACAGAAACACUGUUCAAAAUAGGGGUGUUAAUAGGCUUUAAAAAGAUAAAUAUUAAUUUGUGCAUGCGGAUAGUUCAUAGACUAUAGUGUCAUCUUUGCAAAGUGCUCAGCUGAGAUACCUAUUAAACUCAAUUAAUUAAAACUAACAUUUGAUGUAAUUGAAAGAAAUUAUAUAUUGUAGCUUGAGAGAAAAUUCUUGAUGCUUUUGUGAAAUUCUUGUUUUUCUUUUUAAAACAGUGAAUAGUUUAAUCAUCCUUAACCAAACUAAAAAUGAAUUAAUCAAAUUUUGAGCCAGGAAAUUCAGAAAAGGGUCUUUUUAUGAUUACUCCUUCAGAAUUUCUAAAAAGAAUUCAUAGAAUUAAAAAAAUAAUUUGAUGGGUUGGAGUUUUUGUCUGCAAUUUAAUUAGGAAAUAGAAACAGUGAUAAUAGUAGUGUAAAUAUUCCCACUGAGGAGUAUUUCUCUUGACAUGGUUGUAGAGUAAAAAAAAAUUGAGAGCCUGACCAGUUGGUUACUGUGAAUCUAUAUAAAAAUUGUGCUGAAGUAGAAUUUUGCAGAGAGAAUAAGUAAUGAUCAAUUGAAAGGUCCCAGUUGCAUUUUCCCCUAAAUAUGUAUCACUUUAUAGUCACGUGUACUACUUCCUAUCAAAAGUGGCCCCAGUCUUAAUGAAGCUGAAUAUUCAAAGUUACUAAUGUGAUACUGGACUCCCUGGUAUGCCCUGAUCACACCAGUCCUUCACUGGGUGAGAACACAAACAAUUCAGAAAUCCUCCUGGGCUGGACAAAAACGUAGCAGGGAUGAAAGACCUGACUCUGUGAGGUGACACAACUGUGUAUAAAUGAGCUUUCACUGGGAGAGGAAUGAGCCAUCCAACUUCAGGAGCCUUUUAAAACUGCUGAGGUAGCUGGAUAUCUGAUAUGAAGGAAUUAUCUGCUGAGAGUGGGACCCUGGCACCCACACCCAUGCUGAGCCUGGUGUCCUCACGGGGCUCCUCUGCUGAACAGACUCAUGAGAUGAAGACAGCUUUUGCUGGAGGUGGUGCAAUCAGGAAGGUGAAAUGCUGAUACUGAGCCUUAAUACAGAUGUUCCUUCUCCUCUGGGAGGCUGAACUGAUACUCAGCUGAUAGGAGUGCAAAUACACAUUAAAGAGUUUGAAUCCUCUAGCUACAAACACACAAAGCUCCCACUUGAAACUGCAGUGGAGGUGCUACAAGGAUGCAAAGCUCACAUUCUCCCAGCUAAUGUAGUUCAAGCAAGUUAAUAAUCAAAAUCAAAUCUUACCUUUAGGUGAGAGUGGAGACUAGAAACUGCUCUUUGUGGAAUGUGGACCUAUUCUCUCUCAAAAUUGUAACUAAUGGGGAUGACUGCUAAAUGUAAGUGAGAAUUUGCAAGGAAGAGUUAAGAAACCUACCUUCUAGUGGGUUGUAGAAUGUUUCCUCCUGACUGUUUCCUCCUGUGUGGUGAUGAAGUAUGGUAAAUUCAUGUGUUUAGCUUUUCGAAGUUACUGGCCCACGGUGUGCUCUUGAAUGCUCAAUGUUUGCUACUACUUGUGCUGUGGUGGUUGGUUGUCAUUGGUGAGAUAAGCCAUGAAAUCUUUCUGACUCUGCCCAGGGAGCAUGAACAAAUGUGUCUUGCCCUGAUGCACAGAGCUCAGCUGCUCUUGCAGACGGUUAAACCUUCAGCAAGGAGAACAUGGUAAUGGAGGACCGUUCAGGGUCAUAAAUUGUGCAACAGCAUCUCUCCUGUCCGUGCAGGCUGGUGCAGAGCACAAUCUAUAUAAACACAGCUGGAGCUCUCAUUUGCGUUGGAGCCGGGAUUGAUUGCCUUCCACUCGCUCUUCUGCAUUUGAAAUGUCCGUGCAGUCACCACUGCCUGCCUGUGAAUUUUCCAUGAAAUGCUUAAGCCACCCUUGUUCAGUCACCACCAAUGAGAAUUUCAGUUCCCGCUCUGUGCCACUGAUGCUGCCUGGGCUCUUCCCCUGGGCUGGCAAAACAAAAGGUCACAAAAGGGCUUCCUUUAGUGACCCCUGGCACACCCUCAGGGGACUGCAGGGCCAUGGCUUUCUGACUGCCACCUUGGGGAACAAACUGAGGCCUCUUCUGGCUGGAAGAAAUGCUUUUGAUAGCUUUAUCCAGAAUUAGACCCUGCUUGAGGCCUGCAUAUUCCAUCCUUACCAGCAGCUCCUCCUCUGCUGUCUGGAGCACAGCUGUACAUAACAGAGGCUGUGCAGCAGGACAUGCCCUUCACACACAGCACAGCUGAAAGGAAGGGGUUAACAGCUGCUCAGUGCCUGUACCAUGGAUGCUGCUAGGCUUCUCAGUGAUCUUGUCAAUCAUCCUACAUCAGCUUCAGAGCUUGAACAAGUGUUGCUUGCACCCACUAUCAACAGGCUACUGAGGUCCUGCUUGGGCAUGACACUUUCAAAUUUAGCUCGUGCUGCAGUGACACAGAUGUGGCUUUAAGCCCAAAGCACAGGUGUGGCUUUAAACCCAAAACCAGUGCUGCACGGGACUUGGCAGGAAAACUUAGUGUGGAAGCCCUAACGAGGUACUUGACCUGAUUUUCACUUGACAGCAUUACAUAACAGCACAGUCAAUCCAACAGAGCCAAACCUAAUCCAAUACUAUUAGGAGGAGGAUGGGAGAAUCUGAUAAAGAUUCUGAAUGUAACCUAGGGUCUGUAAGACAAGGGUUGAUUUAGAAAUGUAGUCAGUUGGACUUCUAAAGCGGGCACUUUCAUUCAGUUGGAACCUGCACGACGUUACCCCCAGGAACAAUUCAGGCAGGUAAAAUAUUUGGCUUUUUUUCUUUUUUUAUAUAGUGAUCUGCAAUAAGUGACUUAAAGAGUGAUGGAAGAUCAGGACAUUAUUGACUGUGCAAGGAAUUAAUUGGAACAGCCUCAAUCUGCUAUGCUUUUGUCCGAGUAGCGAGACCUUUGAAAACUCUACUGUUUCUGUCGCUGCUCUUGUGACGAGGCUUCACCUAACUUUAAUUUUACGAGCAGCUGCACUACUUCUUGUCUGAAUACAAUGGAUUUUAGCUCUUAAAACCAAGUUCUUGACUUGACAUUGAUAUUAGAGCAUACCUGCAAAAUGGCGAUGCCUGCUGCUCAGAAGGGCGUCGACCAUGGGAGACUCAAACUUGAGGAACUUUCAGAAGCUCGAUCUCAACUCUUUCGUGCUUUCACAGAGAGAAUUUUCUCUAUUCUGUGGGAGAUUAUCCACACAGAGGGAAUAUGCAUGAUCUCUUAUUUUUUUUAAGAGAGCACCUUGAUUGCAUGUUGGUGGGAGACCUUCACAACCUAGGGAGCACUUGGGUAUGAUCCAGGAUUUACCUCUCAGCCCUGCUCCUCCUGCCCUUUAAACAGGGAAGGGGCUGAACCAGCAGCCAUAUAAGGCACUGGGCUCCCUCCCAAUGUACACAGUGAGCAUUAGAGAAAGGCCUCAAAGUCUCUUUGAUCUGGAUUUGCAUCCUGACCUGAACUUUAGACCUGUAACAGAUGAUAACCUUUGGGCCCUCUAUCUCAUCAGAAGACUGACAUGCUCUUCCAGCCAGUUCUUCCUCAUCUGAUUUAGGUUCCUCUUGCUAGACAAGAUACAUUUGAGCUAGAAAAAGCACAAGCACCCUCAAAUUAGCUUCUUUAAAAGAAAAAUCAAAAGGCUGAAGAAGGUAGUUUGAAAAAAAAAGAAUUUUAGCCAGAGAAAUUAUUGGCUGAAAAUUUCUCAAACUGUUACCUUAUUGUCAGGAGGGAUACUAGAUUGGGAUGUAUGAAACAACCAAACCAGAACCUCGCACCAGUUGUUCUUUCUCCAUCUGGUCUACUUCAGAAAUACUUCAAGAAAGGAUUUUGUUUUCCUCUCCAGUUAAUUUCCCUUCCUCAGUUGAUUAACGUGUGUCUCAAUUGAUGUGCUCAGUAGUUUUUAUUCUCCAUUGAGAACCCUAAGGCUCUCUGCCUUUAAACACAUGCAUAAAAAGAGAUCUGAGCCACCCAAGGAGUUUACCUUCCUUCCUGGUGCACUGACAUUUAAAAGCUACAUCUUAGAAUAAAGCAGGGAAACUGUGGCAGUCUGGUUACAUGCAGUUUUGGUGGAGUAAACACUUGAUUAUUCAACAAUGAGUCACUCCUGCAGUAACCUCAUUCUGUCAUGAGUGUAUCACAUCUGCUAACUCUCCAAAGCAAAAACCAGAACCUGCACCUCUUCAAAACAUGAAUACAGCCUCGUGGUUUGCACGUAACACUCUAUUCAACCAAAGCCAUGUACUAUAAGUUUAAAAGGGCAAAGUACUUGUGCUCAAAGAGAAAAUAUCAUAGAGAACAACAAAGACAAUUAUGAAAAAACCCUUCUCCAUUCUUUAGCUCUUCUCACAGUGUCUGGCUUAUCCAUUAUUCUUCAAGUCUCUCUCUGUUCUCUUAGAAAGCUCUUGUGGUUUUGGAGUGUGGUGUAUUUGGAGCACAGAAUUUUGGGGCUGUUCUGCCCUCUGGGCUGACUCCCUGCCUUUUGCCACGCUGUCACUGUUGCCCUCAGCCAGACUCAGGUGGCCUUGGCUGAAGCAGAACCUCCUGCCACAACACCCAGCUCUCCUCCAACCUCCCCUCUCUGGUCAGCCACACCUGGGGCAGAACAUGGCUCCUGGGCCUCCAUUUGCUUGGGAUACAAAAGAAGGCUAAACAACGGCAUUUUUGCCACACUACCUUAAAUUGUAACACUGGAAUUUUAAUUAAAUUGAUUUAAGAGUUCUUGUAACAGCAAUUUCAUUCAUUUUGUUGGAAAGAGAGGAAACAGUAAAUAAGGAUGUUGUGGUAGUCACAAUAUCGGAAAUUGGGAAAUGGUGCAAGUGAAGUAUCACUAACAUUCAGUAAAAUCCUUUUCGUAAGUGGCUCUACCUAAGAGAACCCUUUUAACAUUAAAAUUAAGCAGUGCUUGUCCAUUAAAUUCAAGUACUUAAAAUGAACUAUGGCAGAUGGUAGUGUUUUUCCUGGACAAUGCAGGAGAUGGAUGCAGGAAGGAUGGUGCAGCAUUCCUUGCAGAGAGCACCUUUUGGGGUGUUCUAGCCCCAGACACGGGGUUCUGGCAGCUGCAGCACUGCUCAAGGACUUCAGUCAAAUUAGGACUUCAGAGUGCCUGGGGCAGUAAAGAUCCAGCCUCAAUGUCCACUUUGUCCUGGAGCAGUUUGGGCUCAGCAAUGGAACCUUUUUGACACAGCAGGAUUAUUUUGGUUACUCUCGAUCCACUCCAGUACCUGUGCUUGUCCAUCUGUAAAUGGCCUAAGGUGAGGAUAAAAAAAUCCCUUCGUUGAAUCCAUUACCUUCCUGUCAUAUAUAUGUGAACACAUGGUGGUGGUCUGAGCUUUUUGUGAGGAAAGGUUUGAAAGAAUUAAAUCAGUUUCUACCCCUGAUACAUUGCAGGUUUGUUUAAAGUAAAACUAAAUAAUGACAGCUGCAGUUAUUUUCCUUGUAAGAUCAAGGAUUGAGAUAAUGCAUAUAAUGGACCUACAAAUUCAUAUAUGCACAAUGCAUAAUAUUUUUUUAAGUUUAGCUAUUAAUAUUUAUAGUAUUGAUCUGAAAUUUUGCUAAAAUUUCUUUAUUAAUGAAAAUAGUCUUGGCUGGAAUUGAAAAUUGAGUGAUUGGAGUGACUACCAUGCCACUAUCAAGCUGCUAAAUAAUGCAAGUUCAGCCUCUCAUGAAACCCAAAAGGAAAACAUAUUCUGAAUAAAAGUAGGAAUGUAUGGUAUAGACUAUGGGUAUAAAGUUCAACCAUUACUUAUUUACGUAUUAUUUAAGUGAUUAGCAGCUAUAAAAAUAGUUAAAAAUAAUUAGUUUCCAAAGCUUAACUAUAGAUGAAAGAAUAUUUUUUUUUCUCAUUGGAAAAGCUAACUUCAGUCUAUGUUCCAUCCACUUUUUCCCCAGACAAUAAAAUGCCAGGAAUGCUAUGACACACUCACAGGUCUGCACAGUAAAAUGUUACAGAUAGCCCACUACUUGCCAUGAAAAACAUCAUUAUUUUUGUAAAUGAAACGUCCUCCCUCCCCCAACCACAAACGUGGUAAGAUAUUACUCACAUGAGGUUUAUCAGCAUCACUGAAAGAUUAGAAAUUAGCACCUCCUACUCAAGAGCAGGACUUAAAAACAUGCUUUGUCUGUUGCAAAAAUACAUUCUGAGGGGGAUGCACCAAGUGUGUAGACAUUAAAGUUUUAUUUGACAAGUCCUGUUCUUUUUUCCUUCCCCUUGCCAAAGGAAGUGCUUAUAUAUGUAGACAGGCAUUUGCCAUUUGGGUGAGAAGUUCUCCUUCCAAGAAGGAAAGAGAUGAAACAGCCACUGUCCACCGUGAGCAACCUUUAGUUUGCUUUGCAGCAUAAAAAGUCCUCUGAGUGGCAAUAUAUGAACUCUUAUUAUAAACUUGUUAUGCUCAUUGCAGGAAAUGAGUUCAUAGCCAGCUAAUUAGUAUUUUCCUUAAUGACUUAUGCUUGAGUGUUAACACAGAAGAGCAGCCUCUGGAGGGGUUUGUGUAAUCAGUUCAGCACUGCAGUGUCUCACACUCGCCUGCCUGGAGCGAGGAGCCAGGCAUGGCCAGACCUGAAAGUGACUUCAACACGUGCCUAAGCAUACAGUGAAUUUCUGUUCUCUGUCUAAUGUAGUGAAAAAACCCUCAUUUGUCCUUGCUAAAUCCAGGCCUGGCGUGGAAUCUGUGCUGUGUUCCAAUUCAGAAGAGGAAAAACCUUUCCUCUGAACGAUAAAAAAUAAGGGAGAAAAGGAUUGCUGGGGUUGCCUGGCCCGAUGUCCUGCUCGAGGCAGGGCUGCCCUUGAGGUUGGGGCAGGUUGCAUGGGCUUUGUCUCGAUGAGGUUUGAAAAUCUCCAAGGCCCACGGCUCCACAACAAAUUCUGUCAUUGGGUAUGUUCAAUGCCCUACCAAGUGCAGGAAACACCUUUGCGAGUGCAGGAUAAAAGUGCAGGAAACACCUUUGCAAGUGUGUGUGGUUUAUGGUUUUGCCUUUUUAUUCUGUUGUGCACUGAUCUGAUUAGACUCAAAUUCAGAUCUAGUGGAAUUAAGUGCAACCCCCCCUUUUUUCAAAGAACUUCCACUGACAUCAAGAAAUUUUCUUUCUUGUUGCCACUGGACUGAGGCAGAAGUGAUCAUGCUGAGGAUAUCAGAGCAUUCUCUCCCCUGUGUGUGUGAAUGUGUGUGUGUGAAGCCUUCUUCUCUGGCACUGAAACUGGAAUAGGCACAGAAUCAGUCAGGACAUCUGCUGUAGUCUUGUUCUGUAUUGCCUGAGGUCAGUGACAAAAUUUUGAGUGCCUGCUAAGUUACUAGACUGGCACCAAAGAAAGAAGAGGAUUUACUGAGGUUACCCCCUUUCUCCUCACAAGGAUCCUUGGCAAUGCCACACCUGUUUCAAAUGCUGAUGGAAUGGCAGUGCAAAAUAAAAGCCUUUCUUCUACCUCUUUCCUUGUGAAUUCUUCAAGCUUUACUUCCUGUAAUGGGAACAAUCAGAAAUAAGUUUUCAGUUGCCCUUUUAAAAGCCCAAACUCCAGACCAAAUCUCUAGCGGCGUUCUUUUACAGGCCACACAGUGGUGUUAAGCUCUGUAGUGACACACUCAGAAAGGGCCUGAAAGUCUGCACUGAGAACAGCAUCUCUCACCUCAGAGACUCAGCUGUACUGAGCAGGGAGUUGUGAUUCGUGCCUCUACAUAAAACAACCCAUUUGCACCUUAUUGGAACUAUCUGGAGAGGAAAAAAUAACGUUGUGGAGACCAGGACAUUUCUUAAAGUGCUUUACCUGGAGGUCAGUGGAAUUUCAUUUAUAAAUGAUAAAAUGCAUGUAUUUUGAUGCUGAAAUUGUGAUGACUUAGAAAGUUUGAUAUUACUGUACUUUUUCUGUGAACAGUGAUUUUUUUGAGGUGGUGAACAUAUUUUCCAAGAGUAUCGUAGACAUUUGUAACAUGUAUGUUUGUGCCAAUAAAUCUUGUUUUAAGAA